AUGGAACUCUGCGCUAAUCCUGACUGUCGAAGGGACGAAUGCGUUCAACGUUCAACCAUCAAUAUCCACGUAUUCUCAUCACUUACACCUCGCCUACCAUUUAUGUGGUACAUCCGAGCAAAAAAUGGCCACUUUGUAUAUGGAGAUGAUUCUCAUCUCUGUCAUUUGACCCGGGCGUCCGAGGUUCCACUUCUUCGGGCUGUCAGACUGGGAGCCAAGAGGUUUGAUUGGAAAGAAUUCGAUGCAUUUGCACCGAUUGAGCCGGAGGAUUUUGACCAUUACAUGAUCUUCAAAUGUGCCGACGUCCCCGACUCCAGUUGCUAUAUGAUCGAAUAUUUUCUCCGUAGACUGCACAACAAUCUCGAUGACGGGCCUGAUCCCGAGGAGGAGGGGGACGAGGACGAGGAUGAGACCGAUGAUGAAAACAGGGAUGAUUCGCUGAUUGAUUCUGAUUAA